AGGUAAAUGAUCUACAAUACACGCUGUAUCUGCACUACAAUACAGUAACACAAUCACCAAACUAAGUGCCCAGUGAAACACUGUCAUGGGUUUCCGUGUUACUGUGGGGGUUCCACAGCUGUACUGUGAAUUGUUACGAUCAUUCAAGUGCCCACAGCUUUUUUACUUGUAUUAUUGCGUGUUAUUAAUUGACCGUUAUUUCUAUUUUUUAUUUCUCUCUGCAUUGUUGGGAAGGGUCCGUAAGUAAUAAUAUCACAGUUAGUCUACCUACACCUGUUGUUUAUGAAGCAUGUGACGAAUGAAAUUCGAUUUGUCCAAGAGCUGGGCGCAAAAGAAAGGCAUUGCCAGAGACAGAGGUAACCGCAAGCAGUGCGACUGGACUUCAAUCAUGUGCACAGCUCUGCACUCUGCGCUCUCUGACAUUAUAGUGGCGUGUUGCCUAAUAGAAACGUGAACCACGAACUUUUGCCCUCUCUGGGUGUUGUGAGAAACAAAUAAAGAACCACAGAGAAGUGACCAUGUUUUCGCAAAAUCCGAUAAGUAGCCUUACUAAAUAUGUUUCGAAGCCGUCAGUAGUGGGACAGGUUGAGGUUUGUAUGGUUGAAUGUCAGUCGCCUUGCGCUGUUAGGACAGCUGUACCAGACGGACAAACCGCAGACCAUGGGAGGGAAGCAAAUCAGGCUGAACUAAAGGAGAAGAUGUGUCCCUGUGAGGCCUGGUGUUCCCAGAAGCGGACCUAUGAGAACCUGGCCUACGAGCCUGGGAGUCAGAGUGAGCUCUACCCCCAACCUAAGGCCCUCUCCCGGGCUGUUUUCCAGCUCUCUGGCCUCACCCCCAAGACCUCCAUCCAGGCCAUCGAGAGCCACAUCACUAGCCUGAAGGGAGUGGUGUCUGUCAACUUCUCUGUGGCCAGUGGCCUGGCUCAGGUGGAUUAUAACGCAUCAUCUAUCUCUACCAGGGAGUUAUCUCUGGAGAUCCAGGCCAUGGGCUACGGCGUCGUGGACGUGGCUGGGGAAGAGGUGACUAAGAUCGGGGAGACGGAGGCCACAGAGUCCCUGACGAGGAUCAGGGUGAAGGGUAUGACAUGCCAGUCCUGUGUGCGCUCCAUCGAGGGACGGAUAGGCACUCUGCCUGGGGUUCUGCACAUCAAGGUGUCUCUGAGUGAUCAAGAGGCAGUAGUACAAUUUCAGCCCCACAUAGUGACAUCUGAGGAGGUAAAGGAACAGAUUGAGAACAUGGGAUUUGGUGCGACUCUUACGAACAAAGACACAAGUAUAGAUUGUGGUCAAGGGGAGACACCUGUGUCAUCCUCCAUCUUGGAUUCACUGACUCAGACGUCUGUCAUUGGGAUUGUAGGGAUGACCUGUAAUUCAUGUGUCCAGUCCAUAGAGGGCAAGAUCUCUGAGAUGACUGGGGUGUGUUCUAUAGCGGUGUCAUUAAAGGAGGAACAGGGGACCGUCACCUUUGACCCCAGUCUGACUCAGCCAGAGGAACUAAGGGCAGCCAUUGAAGACAUGGGAUUUGAUGCUUCACUCAUAGAAUCUGGUUCUGCAGAAACUCUACCAACCACUCCCCUUCAAAGACGAAAGACUCCCCUUUCCCCCCACUCCCCCAGAAUGGCUCACAGUAGCUUUGGCUCUACCAAGACUUCCAUUAACGGUAGCUCUGGCUCUACCAAGACUUCCAUUAACGGUAGCUCUGGCUCUACCAAGAUGGCCACUGCUGAUGAGGAGGGGAAGGUUCAGAAGUGCUUCAUCCGUGUGACAGGCAUGACCUGUGCCUCCUGUGUGGCCAACAUUGAGAGGAACUUAGUCAAACACAGAGGUGUCAUCUCAGUGCUGGUUGCCCUCAUGGCUGGUAAGGCGGAGGUGAAGUAUGACCCUGGUAUUGUUGAUGCCAAGCGGAUAACACAGCUCAUAGAGGGUCUAGGCUUCGGUGCCACACUGAUAGAGGACAAUGCUGUUAUGGAUGGGAAACUGGACCUCUCUGUAACUGGGAUGACAUGUGCGUCAUGUGUCCAUAACAUUGAGUCCAAACUCACCAGGACCAAAGGGAUUCUAGAAGCCUCAGUUGCACUGGCAACCAAUAAAGCCCAGAUCAAGUUUGACCCAGAAGUGCUUGGAGCUCGUGACAUCAUCAGAAUGAUUGAGGGGCUGGGCUUUGGGGCGUCUCUAAUGAAAGCUGAAGGCUUUGGGAACAACCUGGAUCAUGGGGAAGAGAUUCAACAGUGGAAGAACUCGUUCCUGUUCAGUCUGGUAUUUGGGGUGCCAGUGAUGGGCUUGAUGAUCUACAUGAUGGUAAUGGACAGUCAGCACGGGGAACACGGUGGCUCUAUGCCCGAGGAGCAGAACCUUCUCCCAGGCCUCUCCCUCCUCAACCUGGCCUUCUUCCUGCUCUGUACACCUGUCCAGAUCUUCGGGGGUCGUUAUUUCUACAUCCAGGCGUACCGCUCGUUGAGACACCGCACGGCUAACAUGGACGUCCUCAUCGUCCUGGCAACCUCCAUCGCCUACAUCUACUCAGUUGUGGUCCUCAUUGUGGCGAUGGCAGAGAGAGCCAAUCAGAGCCCUGUCACCUUCUUUGACACCCCGCCCAUGCUCUUCGUCUUCAUCGCCCUGGGCCGGUGGCUGGAGCACAUAGCAAAGAGUAAGACAUCUGAAGCACUGGCCAAGCUGAUGUCACUGCAAGCUACUGAUGCCACUGUGGUCACGUUAGGUCCUGACCACUCCAUCCUCAGUGAGGAGCAGGUGUCGGUGGAGCUGGUCCAGAGAGGAGACAUAGUGAAGGUGGUGCCUGGGGGAAAGUUCCCCGUGGACGGGAAGGUGAUCGAGGGAAGCUCCAUGGCAGAUGAGUCCCUCAUCACAGGUGAGCCCAUGCCUGUGAGUAAGAAGCCCGGCAGUUCAGUGAUAGCUGGCUCCAUCAACUCCCACGGAUCUCUACUGGUGCAGGCCACCCACGUAGGAGCAGACACCACCCUCUGUCAGAUAGUCAAACUAGUGGAGGAGGCACAGACAUCCAAGGCCCCCAUCCAGCAGUUUGCAGACAGACUGAGUGGCUACUUUGUACCCUUCAUAGUCAUUGCCUCAGUGCUAACACUGCUGGUCUGGCUGGUGAUCGGCUUUGUCAACUUCCAUGUUGUGAAGGAGUACUUUCCUGGUUACGAUGAGAACAUCCCCAAGACAGAUGUUAUUGUCCGCUUCGCCUUCCAGGCCUCCAUCACAGUCCUGUCCAUCGCCUGCCCCUGCUCUCUGGGCCUGGCGACCCCGACAGCUGUCAUGGUGGGCACGGGGGUCGGAGCCCAGAACGGCAUCCUCAUCAAGGGAGGGGAGCCGCUGGAGAUGGCCCACAAGAUCGGUGCAGUGAUGUUUGAUAAGACCGGCACCAUCACUAACGGUGUCCCGCGGGUGACCAGGGUGUUGGUGCUGUGGGAGAGGGCACGGCUGCCCCUGCGUAAGGUCCUGGCACUGGUGGGCACAGCGGAGGCCAGCAGUGAACACCCACUGGGGAUGGCUGUGGCCAAGCACUGCAAAGAGGAGCUGGAGACAGAUGUUCUGGGUUCCUGUAAGGACUUCCAGUCGGUGCCAGGCUGUGGGAUCAGCUGUAAGGUGUCUAACAUUGAGGAGGUACUGCUGGAGGGUGACCAGGACUCCUGUCAUACCCAGGUCACACUGCAGGGGGCCACGACUGAUGAGAGCAGCCUGGUCGGCGAUACUGUGUCAGUGUCAGGUGCCUCUGCUAGCCCCUCCUAUUCGGUCCUGAUCGGGAACAGAGAGUGGAUAAGGCGGAACGGGCUUCAUGUAGGAGCUGACGUGGAUGACGCCAUGUCCAGCCACGAGACCAAGGGGCAGACAGCCAUCCUGGUAGCUAUAGAUGGUGUACUGUGUGCCAUGCUGGCCAUAGCAGACACAGUGAAGACCGAGUCUGCCCUGGCUGUCCAUACUUUACUCAGCAUGGGGAUAGAGGUGGUCAUGAUCACUGGGGACAACAGACGUACUGCUAAGGCUAUAGCCACACAGGUGGGCAUCAGGAAGGUAUUUGCGGAGGUGCUGCCAUCCCACAAGGUGGCCAAGGUGCAGGAGCUGCAGGAGAGGGGUCUGAGGGUGGCCAUGGUGGGUGACGGGGUCAACGACUCGCCCGCCCUCGCCCGCGCCGACGUGGGCAUCGCCAUAGGGACGGGCACAGACGUGGCCAUAGAGGCAGCUGACGUGGUGCUGAUCAGGAAUGAUCUGUUAGACGUGGUGGCCUGUAUUGAGCUGUCCAAGAAGACUGUUCAGAGGAUACGCAUCAACUUUGUCUUCGCUCUCAUCUACAACCUGGUAGGGAUUCCCAUCGCCGCAGGUGUGUUUCUGCCCGCUGGUCUGGUCCUACAGCCAUGGAUGGGUUCAGCAGCUAUGGCAGCUUCCUCUGUGUCUGUGGUCAUCUCUUCCCUGCUGUUAAAACUGUAUAAGAAGACGUCAAUCGAGACGUAUGAGUUCCGGGCCCAGGGGAACAUGAAGAGCCUGAGCCCCAGCCAGGUGAGCACCCACGUGGGUCUGGACGACCGGCGACGCACCCCUCCCUCCCUCCGCGGUGCCUGGGAGCGCCUGAGCCAGGGCAGCCGCCUCUCCCUGCCCAUCUCCCUCUCCAGCCAGCCGGACAGCCGAGGUCCAUCCACCCCCUCUCUCCAGGACCGCUGCUCCCUGCUGGACCACGAGAAGGAAGUGGGCCUCGUAGUGUAGCAAGGUGCCAGGUAGAGGACAUUAUGUCGAAAGGGAAACUACCUGUCCUAUGGAAACCAUCUGGUGGAAAGGUCCAAGGGAAACUGUCCACAUUCCUUAGUCUCAUCCUCUUCAUGUCAAUUAGAUGUAUUUUAAUAUUUGACUGAACGAUAACUGAGAAAUAAAUCAAUACCUAGAAAUGAAUCAUUCACAAAGUUACUUUCUUUAAAUCUUUCAAGACACUUUUUAUCACAAGCUGUUAAACAAUAUGGCUCUUCAGUUUACAUUAUGAGGAAAUGUUAUUCAUUGUGAACUUUUUUUAGGGGGAUUGUCAUGUGUGGUUUGCCCACCUAUUGUUUGUUUUGAGUGAGUUCUAAUGGUUCAUUUGUCUCUCCUUUGUCCCUGUAGUCCAAAUAUAUUUCAGUAAAAUCCACCAAGGUUUCUGCUUUGUACUUCCCUUGACUUGCUUGUGUAGCCCAUCUCAUGACGCCUUUUACACAACAUCUCCAUCAAAAUGUACAUGUAGGCCUGUAAGUAGGCCAUAUGUGUAUAAUCACCUUCUAAAUGAAAAGCAUUGUGUCUGUAGAACCUCAUCAGAAAGACUUUUGCUACAUCUUCAGAGCUAAAGAUACACAUCGUUCUAUGUCCGUGAGAGAAUGGAUCAUUAAUGUUGCAUGGCCUGUCAUGUCUUCACACUAGUGGUAGUAGAUGGUGAGGACAGGGAAUAGGUUACACCCCUGAAGUAGUCCCCUGGGUUGCAUCUCAAUAGUCUGCAGUGACUUCCUCAACUGUCUGUCAUUUGACUUGCAUGAGAGAACGGCAAUGAAUUUGGAUUCCUUAUAAGAUGUUAUUUUUCCCCUCAUAUUUACAAAGUUCAGGGUAAGGGAGUGGGGUUACCAAUCACUGUCUACGUUGCUUGAUAAUGAGGUCCACAAAAUGCGCUCAUCUUUCAUUCAGUAAACUGAGAAGACUUCUUCUGCUAUUAAACUUGUAUGUCGAUUUCUAAA